AUGUUCCUAUUUAUAUUAUUAUAUUUGAUAGAGAGCAGGUAGAUUGAGAGCUGUAAACAAAACAUGGACUCCUUUCAGAUAAAAGGUUUGAAAAUGCACCUUCAUAAGUGUAGGGAUUCAUUUUUGUGUGAGUGACCAUCAAUAAGCUAAGGAGGCUCGUAAUUAGGUGCUAUAGGAUUCUGUGAGUUAGAAUAAAGUUAAAGCAAUAGUGUAAGAGAUAGAAAGUCUAGAAAAUUAGAAUCCGUUUUGGUAUUCAGAUCUGGCAAUUUAUUUGAACAUCGAUGAGAUUCAUAUAACUGGGGGUUUGAUAGAUCAUUCUUAGAAUGUAUAAUAGCUUAUCUAAACAUUCAGGUUAGCAUUGUGAAUUAGUAAAUUCGAAUCACCAAACACGUUUACUUUAAGAAUCUGAUCAAUAAAGAACUUAUGAUAACUAAUAUAUUUACUUCAUCUCCCCUUUUAAAAGUUGAUUUCGAAAAAAUUGUUUUACCAUCCAAUUCAACCACUCAAAAAACAAGAGUUUGUACUGUGAUAUAUGAAUAAACACUUUCAGAUAUUCGAUCAAAAACAUUUGAAAUUUGGUUAGCUGUUGAAAUAGCAUAUUUUUUAAGAGUCCCUGUUAAAUUAAUCGUCUAUGAUAAACACUUAAUGUGUUAAACUAAGUUAUUAGGAUAAUGUAAUAUAUAAGGAUAGCAUUCAACCAUUGAAUUUAAUAAUUUAGGCAUUUACUAAUAAUAUACUAAAAUCUUCUCAUUUUAUAAUCCUAAUCCAGUCAAAAUUGAUGUUUCUUAUAAACAAAAUGAAAAGAAAAAAAAUUAAAUUAGAGUAUUAUUAGUAAAUAGGGAUGAUAUAAAGUCAGCUUCAAAACGUAAAUUUUCAUUUGAAAUAUAACCUUUUUAAAGAAUUGAAUUAAAAGUUAUUAUUAAUACAAAUUAUUAUGAAAUACUGGCCAAUAGUAAAUUAACUUUUAGAAGUCAAUAUGAAAUAAUUGAAAUAGAUGUAACAUAUUCAGUGUAAAAGGGAUCUGUCAAUUAUUAUCCUUCUGUAUUAACUUUAGAUCCAGGAAUGACUACAAAAGUACAGUAAUUUGACAUAUAUGUAAGAAGUACUUUUACUCAGCAAAUAUAAUUGUUAUAAGUUGAGAAUUAACAAAUAAAACAUUAGAAUCUUUCUUUAUUAACAAUGGCUACAAAUAUUGCUUCAAAUUCUAGAUCUGAUGUUCUUCAUAUUGAUUAUAUGGGAAAACAAAAUUUUUAUUCAGAUUCUAAAUAUCAUAAAUAAUAAGCUAAGGAGCUUUUAAAUUCUUUUGGAAAAAACAAAAUUAUGAUUUAGACUGAUGUAUUAUAAGAUUCUGAGAUUCUUAUUAAUUAUAGAUCUAAUUAAAAAUUUAAUGAAUAAAUCUUAAAAAAAAUUAUAAAGCAAGAUCCAAAAAUAUUGAUCUCUUAAUAAACAGUAAUAAUUUCUGAGAAACCAAGCAUCUUAAUUAUAAUAGUCUCAAUUCUCAAUAUGUUGUACAUAGCUACCUUAUUAAGAAAUAAUGUAAAGAAAUCAAAGGAGUUAAAAAUUGUUAUAGAGGGCAAUCUUAUUUAAGAGUAGAUUGAUUUUCAAUCUAUUUUUAAAAUAUAAGAAUCUAUUUAAUUGUAGAGUAAAUCUGAAACAAAUGAGGGGGUUUCUGAUAAAGCAGAUGAAAUUUAGGAUAUUAUAAUACCGGAAGAUAUAAUGAGUAAAGAAAACAUCAUUUACACUAACUUAUAAUCUCAAAUAGAUGAAAGUUCUUCUCAUUUUAGUCAAGGGGAAAGUUUAGAUGAAGAUUAGAUUUCUGAAUAUUAGGAAAAGGUAGUGGAAUAGAGAAAGGUUUCAAAUUAAAAGAUUUUUAAUUUAUUUUAGAGAGUGGAAUUUACAAUUCCAACAUAAAUCACAAUGAAUACUUAAUCUUCUUAAGAAUGUUGGGAUACUAAAGAUCCAAUAUUUUUACCAUAAGAUUCUGAUGAAGAAAUGUUGGAUAAGAAUAGUGUUCAAAGAUUGGAAUCAAUGUUAAAUUAGAUUCAACAUAAAUUACCUCAAUUUGAGUAGAGCACUCUUAAAGUACCUUUGAAAUGGAAUGAAAAUAAUUAAAUAAAUCCAUACUUUCCGAAACCCCCUCCAGGAAUUUGAA